AUGGCACUGCCUCCCUCCCUGCUGCUCCUGGGGGCACUGCUGGUGGCCGAUGCCCUGUCCCUGUCCUUACUGGGCCCGCUGGUGCCGGCGCUGGCACGGCUGGGCCCGGCGGGUGCGUGGCUCGAGGCUGCCCUGCGCCUGCCCCUCCUGGCUGCAGCCCCCCGGCUCCUGUCCCCUCUCUGUCCCCCCGGGGCCACCACCACGGCCGCCGUGGCCACCAUCGCCGUCACCCCUGCGGCCUUCACGGCCCUGCGGAGCCUCCUGGGCCUGCCCGGCCCCGGGCCCGGCCUCUUGGCGGCUGCGGCACCCGCCUGGCUCGGGGUCACCCACGCGGCCGCCGCGCUGGCCCUGCUGGCCUGGGACGCUCCCCGUGCCCUGGGUGGUGUCCCCAAAGCUCCCGGGGGUGUCCCCGAGGUUCCUGGAGGCAUCUGGAGGGUCCUGGCGCUGACCUGCUCCGAGUGGAAAGUCCUGGGAGCCGCCUUCCUGUGCCUCAUGGUGGCGGCCGCCGCGGAGACGGCGGGGCCUUACGUCACCGGGAAGGUUCUGGACGCCGUCCGGAGUGGGAACGGACUCACCACUGGAGCUGUGGGGAUGGUGGUGGCUGCCGAAGCAGCCAGUGUCCUGUUCUCCGGGUGCCGCGGGUGGCUCUUCCUGCUGGCGGCGGCGCGUCUGCGGCAGAGCCUGCGCCUCCGGCUCUUCUCCCACCUGCUGCACCAGGACCUGGAUUUCUUCCAGGGAAUGCCAGCAGCCGAGCUGUCGGCGCGGUUCUCUGCGGAGGUGCCGCUGGUGUCCAUGGCGGUGCCGAGGGGGACCAACCUGCUGCUCCGGAGCCUGGGAAUGGCGCUGGUGGAGGGUGCGGCCAUGGUCCGGCUGGCGCCGGGGCUGGCGCUGCUGGCGCUGCUGGAGCUGCCCCUCGGGAUCACCGCCCAGCGCAUCCACAGCGCCCGGAGACGGACUCUGGUUGGGCCGUGGAACAGGGGUGGGGACACCACGAUUGGGGUUGGGCCGUGGAACAGGGGUGGGGACACCACGAUUGGCGUUGGGCUGUGGAACAGGGGUAGGGACACCAAGGAGCUGGGAAAGCUCACGGGCUCGGGGCCGGGGCAGGUGGUGCUGGUGGAGCAGGAUCCCAUCCUGUUUUCUGGAACAAUUCGUGAGAACGUCGUGCUGGGGCUGGAGGGCUGUGAGGAGUCGGAGCUGCGGGAAGCGGCCGCUGCUGCCGGAGCCUUGGAGUUCAUCCAGGGGCUGGAGCAGGGCUGGGACACCGAGGUGGGGGAGCGCGGGGGGCAGCUGGCGGCGGGUGAGAGGCGUCGCCUGGCCCUGGCCCGGGCCCUGCUCCGCCGUCCCACCGUCCUCAUCCUCGACGAGGCGCUGGAUGAGGGAGACGAGGGCGCGGUGAGUGGGGUGGGGACAUGA